CCCCUUGGCUCAGCGAGGGCCACAUUUUAAAAUGAGACAUGACUCAGGGUCUCAGGCAGUAUGACAUCCCAGCCCCCCACCAGACAGCUGCCACACGGUGUGACAGGACCCCGCUUCCAGCUAACCCUGCGAUCCCAAAAUCACAUGCCCUUGUGUCCACUCUAUUUGUCACACUCCAUCUUUAUUAAUUCAUCAUUCAAUCACGUAUCGGCAUCGAAUGUCUGUUGUCUACGGAGCAUGAAUAUUAACCGGACAGGAUGGAAGGGAUAGGCUGACUAAAGCUCUCCAGCAUCCUCCCUCCCUCCCUCUCUCUCCUCAUAAUUCCACGCCCUAGCGGAUACACAGACACCAGCAGACGCAGUCUGGGUAAUCUCAGCAGAUCCUCCUCUCUUUCUACCAGCCAGUGGAUACAGCCACUUUGUGUUCUGCGCAAUCAUGUCUGACAAGCCAGACCUCACAGAAAUCGCCAGGUUUGACAAAACCAAGCUGAAGAAGACUGAGACAAAAGAGAAGAACCCUCUGCCCACCAAAGAGAUCUUUUUUUCAGCUUCUUAUGUCAGCAGAUGGGUGUCAGCUCAAAGUCCUUCAUCAGCAUUGCAGUGCAGACCUAAGCCUGCUUGCAGAAUUUCCCAUCUAUCGAGCAGGAGAGGAAAGGCGAUGCCACCCCUUGACCUAAGAGACAAGGAGAAGACAAGCACAAGACAUGUUCUUCUGACAUGGCAGAUAUUACAAUUCCUAUUUCUGUUUAAAGGGUGCUAUUGCCCCAUGUGAUGCAUGGUUACCAUUGCGAUUGGAGUCACUGGGGCCUAUGAAUGGGAGUGUGAUGAAGGGGGAACACUUGAGACAGGGUUAAAAAUAUAUUUUACCAAAUUCUGUUUAGUGCAUUUGUUUUUUUAAUUUUUUAAAAGGGUUUCUUCAUGAAAUAAAGACAAAUGAAAUGUAAAUCAAAUAAAAUACCAAAUAUGA